AUGAGCACAGAGGGACCAGCAAGCUUGAAGGGGAAAAAGUACCCUGCAAAGGAACACAACACGCGUGUGUUGAGCCAUUUCAAAGAGAAGAAGCUGCUCAAGCUGGCGGAAACGCUAGCCUUUUUCAUGAGCGGUGAGGACUUGGAGCUCUGGCAGUACUGUGACCAGACAAAACCCAUUCGUCAAAACCGCUACUUCUACUACUUGUCAGGCGUGGAAAUCCCCGGAUCGCAUGUAUUAUUCGAUGCUGCAAACGACAAAUUGACGUUGUUUCUCCCAGAUAUCGACUACGAUGACGUGAUGUGGUCAGGUAUGCCCUUGCUGCCAGAAGAGGCGUUGAAGAAAUACGAUGUGGAUGAAGUCAAGUACGCUGCUGACUUGGAGAAGGUUGUGGGUGCACUUGCUGAGGCAAAGUACACGAUUCACACCACAGACCACAACAAGUGGAACAAGAGGGUGCUGCAUCUAUUAACGGAACAGGACCCUGAUUUUUUCCACGCCUUGGACGAGGCCCGACUCAUCAAGGACUGGUACGAGAUCGAGUUGAUGAGACACGCCUCGGCCAUCACUGAUAAGUGCCAUCUUGCCGUUAUGCUGGCUACACCAAUCGAGUCCAACGAGACCCACAUCCACGCAGAGUUCAUGUACCAUGCUCUCAGACAAGGCUCCAAGUACCAGCUGUACGACCCGAUCUGCUGCUCAGGGCCCAACUGCUCUACGUUGCACUACGUCAAGAAUGACGACGAAAUCGACAACAAGAGGUCGGUUCUCAUUGACGCUGGCGCUGAGUGGUCAUGCUACGCUUCGGACGUCACAAGAUGUUUCCCUAUUAAUGGUGAUUGGACUGAGGAGCACUUGACCAUCUACAAUCUUGUGUUGGACAUGCAGCGCAAGACCAUGGACAUGAUCAAGCCAGGCGCCCACUGGGACGAGAUCCACUUGACCGCCCAUAGAGUGAUGAUCAAGGAAUUUCUCAGAUUGGGCAUUUUCAAGAAGGAGUAUUCUGAAGAAGAGAUCUUUGAAUCAUCCAUUUCUGCCCGCUUCUUCCCACAUGGUCUCGGCCAUGUUUUGGGCAUGGACACCCACGAUGUAGGCGGUCGCCCAGACUACAACGAUCCUGAUCCAAAAUUGAGGUAUUUGAGAUUGCGUCGUGAGCUCAAGGAAGGAAUGGUGCUCACAGACGAACCAGGAGUGUACUUUUCGCCAUUUUUGUUGAAGGACGUACUUGAGGAUCCCAAGAAGGCCAAGUACAUCAACAAAGACGUUCUCGACAAGUACUGGUACAUUGGCGGUGUCAGAAUCGAGGACGAUUUGCUCAUCACCAAAGAUGGUUUCGAAAACUUUACGAAGAUCACAUCUGAUCCACAUGAGAUCUCAAAGAUCAUCAAGGAGAGCAGCGCACAGGGUAAAGAAAGGUUCCACAAUGUGGUGUAA